AUGACCGCAGCUACCGAAUCUAACGAAGCGUUCGCAACAGUCAAGAAAAAGCGAUCACGCCGCGCAUGCAAAGGGAACACCCCGGGUCCUGUCGCGGUGAAAACAAACAAAAGGAAGACCUUACUCGUGGAGGAGAUAGGGGAUGCCUUGGUUGAUCAACUCUACGAAUAUCCCAACGGUAAAAUUGAUGACAAGAGUGGUGACUCGUCGAUUGCCCUCAUGGAUCAUUUGCGCAACAAGAUCACAGCACAUGCUGCGAUACCUUCUUCUUCUAGUUCAGAAAGCUUUCACACAGCAACCGACUCCAGCCCGGCGAUGAGUAUGAACAGUCAUGUACCCUUCAUCAUUCCGUCGCAGGUAACAAGCAAGGUCGAUGUUAUCCAACCAAGCACCGAUUCCCUUCAAGCGGAAAUCGAAAUCCCAGAACAGGAUGCGGUAUUCAAACUGGAGGAUGCCAAAACAAUAACAGCCAUCCAACAAAUCACGGCACGACAUGGUGGAGUUGCGCAGAUGGGAAUCCUCGAUCACAGCUACCGAUUCUUUGUGAACAAAUCAAGAACGGCAGCAUUGUCAUUCAAGGUCCGGAGCGGGGUGGCAGUCAUCGGCGGAGAUCCCUUAUGCAAUAAAGACGAAAUUACCGAACUCUUAUCCGAAUUUGCGACCUACCGACAAAAACAUCACUUGAGCAUAGCAUUCAUGGGCGUCAGCGAGUCCUUCCUCAAAGACCACGCCAAACCAAAUGGUUGGACGACAAUUCGCUAUGCCACAGAACGCGUACUCAAUCCUCAGACAAACGACGUGAUCCUCGAGAACAACGGAAGACGCAUCUUAACGAAAAGCCGUCAGCUCACGAACAAAAAGAAAGGCGGAAUCACCAUGGGCGUUUACGCCCCCGCCGUUCAUGGCACAAACCAACAACUAGAAUCCAACCUAGUCAGUCUUUAUGAUGCCUGGCGAGCCGAGCGCAAUGCCUCGGCCAGCCCCCAGGCCUUCAUAACCGUCUACGACCCCUUCGCCCUCCCCGCUCUAAUGACCUUCAUCUACACCCGCACCCCAGACGGAAAAGUCAACGGUUUCGCCGGUCUUCGACGCCUCGGCUCUGGCGGUUACCAUGUCGAUCCAUGCAUCGCAGCCCCAGGCAGCAUAACCGGAAUAAGCGACCUCCUCCUCAUAAUGGCAAUGGCUCUCCUCCGACGCGCAGGAGUUUCAUACCUCGGUCUUGGUAUCGAACCGCUGCAAUCACUCACCCUCGAAGAUGUCAGCGGCAUGCCGUCGCCCUGUAAAAAGAUUACACGUGGAUUGUACGGACAUGCUUUCCACCGUCUACCCAUCGGCGGAAAGAAGGCAUAUCAUGACAAAUUCUAUCCGGAUGCUAGUCAGGACUCGGAUCUUUAUCUUGUUUUCCCUUCUGGCAUACCCAGCCUCCGACAUGUGCUGGCUAUGACGCAUAUGGCUAAUAUCAGCCUGAGGAAGAUAUUCCGGGCUGAUGUUCAUGCUUUUGUCUCAACUCGGAAGACCAAGGCUGGUGGUAGGGUUGUCACCUCGCGUCGUAAGAAGGGUGGUUCUGUGGAACAGGCUAAGGGGAAGGGGUUUGACGAGGAACUUGUUGUAUACUAUUCUCCUUGUGCGGGUUAA